AUGCAUCAGCACUGGACUGGUUGCAUGGAUCAAGGAAGCCUACUGGAGCCAAGAAUAAGGCCUAUAAGCCAGAAUCCAGCCCGGGUUCCAGACAGAUCCAGCUCUGGCACUUCAUUCUAG